CCUUGCUCCGGCUGCAGGAGCAGAGAGCAGCAGCAGCAGGUCGGGUCCCCGUCCUGGUUUGGAUCUAACCUCACCGAGCACCGCCUGGACCGCCGCUCCUUUUUUCACCGCCCGGUCACCUCCCUCCCCCGGGCCCCCGGUCAUGCUCUCCGCGGGACUCUGCGUGUCUCUGCUGGCCGCGUCCUGCGCCCUGUGGCCGCCCGCCGUCCGGGCAGCCGCCUGCGAGCCGGUCCGGAUCCCGCUGUGCCGGUCCAUGCCGUGGAACAUGACCAAGAUGCCGAACCACCUCCACCACAGCACGCAGGACAACGCGGUGCUGGCCAUCGAGCAGUUCGAGGGGCUGCUGGGUACUGGAUGCAGUCCAGACCUACUCUUCUUCUUGUGUGCCAUGUAUGCCCCGAUCUGCACCAUCGACUUCCAGCAUGAGCCCAUCAAGCCCUGCAAGGCGGUGUGCGAGCAGGCGAAGUCCGGCUGUGAGCCGGUGAUGAAGCGGUACAACCACAGCUGGCCCGACAGCCUGGCCUGCAGCGAGCUGCCGCUGUACGACCGCGGCGUGUGCAUCUCACCUGAGGCCAUCGUCAAGGCGGACGGACCAGACCCAUACCUCCAGGACCCCUCCAGGUGUAACCCAGAAUCCAGUCCAGACUUUCCAAUGGACCCCAACAACUUCCACUGCCAGGGACCAAAUGGAGAUCGCUGCAAGUGUAAGACGGUCAAAAUGGGACAGAAAACUUACGUGAACAACAACUAUAACUACGUUAUCAGAGCCAGGGUGAGGGAAGUUAGAAAUCGUGGCCUGGAGCCCACGGCGGUGGUGGACGUGAAGGAGGUGCUCAAGUCCUCCCUGGUCAACAUUCCGAAGGAGACACAGAUGCUCUACUACUCCUCGUCCUGCCUGUGUCCUCCUCUCACUGCUGGGGAGGAGUAUCUCAUCAUGGGCUACGAGAACGAAGAAAGGUCCAGGUUGCUUCUGAUUGAUAGCUCCAUUGCGCAAAAGUGGAAGGAGAAAAUGCGCAGGAAAGUCAAGAAAUGGGAUCAGGCCCUGCAGGCGUCCCCAGCACAUUCACGCCGAAGUCGCCACUGAGAUCUCACCCUCUGUCUGUGUGUGUGUGUGUGUGUGUGUGUGUGUGUGUGUGUGUGUGUGUGUGUGUGUGUGUGUGUGUGUGUGUGUGUGUGUGUGUGUGUGUGUGUGCAUGACUGUAUGCGAGUGUGUUUGUGUUGAUAUUGCACUAUAACAGGCUGUCGUAGCUGAAUGUAGUUCAUCUCUUCAUUUUUCAGACUGUUUUGGAUCAGAUUUUUGCCUUGUCAUUUUCUUUGCACAGACAUUAUUCGCUGUGUUUUUGUCAUUGUGUCUCUGUAUGUAUGUAUGUAUAUACAAACGAGUGAAGGGGCGGAGCUUUAACUAUGUUGGCAAGUGCAUGAUUUAUUUUUUUUUUCUCCUCUUGUUUUUGGACCAAACAUUUUUUCAAAGGCGGCCAUAUUGGCUCGAUUGCUCCCCUCCAGAUUCUGAUUUUAUAUAAUCCUGGAUGAGGCCCAAGUUGCCAUGGUGAUUGGAGAGAAGACAUUAAGUGACAGCAAAGCCAUGUGGGUUUUCUCAUAAUGGAUCUGGAAUCACGAACUGAACUUCACUCAGCUCAAAGAUGAAAGAGCGUUCACCAAGAACAUCUACUGUUGCCAAAGAUUUCUGGGUUCUGGAUCGGAAACCCUCCUUUUUAGUAGACAAUAAACUUAAAUCAGCUGCUUACAAUGUGG